AUGGCCUCGAAUUCGAACCCAAGCUUCGACGAGCUCCGAUGGGUGAGUCAAAUUCGUCGAACGCUCGACGAAGAGCUCGAAGACGAUAAUGGCUCUACUCCUGUCUGCAUCUUCAAUGUCCCCAAGACCUUGAUGUCUAGCAAGCCUGAGUCCUACAUUCCCCAACAAGUGGCACUCGGUCCAUACCAUUACUGGCGUCCGGAGCUCUACGAGAUGGAGAGAUACAAGCUUUCUGCAGCUAAAAGAACCCAGAAACAGCUGCAAUGCAUCAAGUUUCAACAUCUCGUCGACCAGUUAACAAAGCUAGAGCCGAGGAUCCGCUCUUGCUACCAUAAGUACCUUGAUUUCAACGGUGAAACACUAGCGUGGAUGAUGGCUGUUGAUGCUUCCUUCUUGCUUGAAUUCCUUCAGAUUUAUGCCAUCAAAGAAGGUAAGAUCCUGACCAGAGUGUCAAAAUCGGCCCAUAACGCCAUUCUUAGAGACAUAGUGAUGCUUGAGAACCAAAUCCCAUUGUUUCUCCUGAGGAAGAUCUUGGAGUGCCAGUUCUUAUCGUUAGAAACUGCCGACGGUGUACUGUUUUCGAUGUUAACGGGCCUGUGCACAGAGCUAUCUCCGUUUAAGAUGAUAGACAACUUCCCACGAAUCCAUGUCUCUGAACGCUUUCAUCUGUUAGAUUUUCUGUACCACAUGAUCGUGCCCAUGUCAGAGGAGCAGCAAUCUGAGAUCAAUGAAGCUGAUGAUGAUCAAGGGAGCAAUCCGACCGACGACAGAGGGGAAGAGGAAACGUUCGCGAAAUCAAAUCAUGUAAAACAGCUACUGGACGAGAUUUGGAAGCUGCUCUCGAAAUUAAACAAAGGCCCAGUACGUUACCUGAAGCAAGCUCUAGUUUCAAAACCUGUUAAGCUGGUGCUGAAACUGCCAUGGGCAAUCAUCACUCGUCUUCCUGGAUUUUCCAUCUUAAAGCAACCUGUUGAGUACUACUUCUUCACUCAAGAUAAAGAAGAUGUCAAACCCGAAAAUGGGGCUUCAAGCUCGACGAACAAUGCCAACAAACCUCCAUUGAUAGAGGAGAUCACAAUCCCCUCAGUGACUGAGCUUUACAAGUCUGGAAUCCGGUUCUCCCUCACCACUGGCGACAUCACAACCAUCAGUUUCGACGAGAAGACAGUUACAUUUUAUCUCCCAACAAUUAGUUUGGACGUUAACACUGAAGUAGUAUUAAGAAAUUUAGUAGCGUACGAGGCUUCAGCGGCAUCAGGACCAUUGGUUUUCACUCGGUACACUGAGUUAAUGAAUGGUAUUAUAGACACUAAGGAGGAUGUGGAGCUGCUUAGAGAAAGAGGGAUUGUUUUGAACCGGUUGAAGAGUGAUGAAGAGGUGGCAAACCUGUGGAAUGGGAUGAGUAAGUCGGUGAGAUUAACGAAAGUUCCACUCUUGGAUAAGGUGAUUGAAGAUGUAAACAGGUAUUACAGUAGUAGGUGGAAGGUUAAAGCUGGGAAGUUCAUGAAGGCUUAUGUGUUUGGUUCAUGGCAAUUCCUCACACUUGUGGCAGCUAUUAUGCUCUUGUUGUUGAUGACCUUACAAGCUUUCUGUUCAGUCUACAGCUGUGCUCGAGUCUUCCAUAUUAACAGAGUUGAGUGA